CAGCUGAAUCAGGGGAUGGAGAGGGCACGAUUUGGGCUUAUCCUUUGUUUGGUUCUUCUCAUUGCUUCUCAGGAGAUGGUGGUGCAAAGCGAGGGAAGAAAGUGUGAUUCACAGAGCCAUCAUUUUAAAGGGAAAUGCUUUAGCGACACAAACUGCGCAUCCGUUUGCCAUGGUGAGGGCUUCACAGGUGGCGAAUGCCGUGGCUUCCGUCAGCGCUGCUUUUGCACUAGAAAUUGUUGAUCCAAAAACACACUCCUGUCCACUUCUGUUUUCUACUUUGCUACUUUCUCCGUUCCUCUGCAAAUAAAUUCUACCAUGACUGUGGUCACUAUGUGUUAGACUCUCAGAUAAUGUAAUAACAAGUGGCAAUAGUUUUGAAAAUUAAUCUCUUUUAAUUAA